GAUUCGGUUCAAUUCAAAUUCAAAUGACCUUGCUAGUCUUUAGUGGAGCUAUUUGGUACAAGUUUGCAAAAAUAAAUCACACAAACUAUUCAUUCACCUAAUAAAAGCAAUCAAAAUAAAAACAUGAUGUAAGAAAAGAGCAGAAAUACACAAGUUAUUUGGCAUAUCCAUAUCCAGUCACAAAGGGCACAUAAAGUUGAAUAAAAACAUUUUAUUGCUGGUGUUCAAACUUGAAGAACCCUUGAAACUUCUCAAGAAAUGCCCAACAUUAGACACCCCCCUCCUCAAGACCCCCUCCAGCCCCGUCUAAGGCCCCUGCAUCCUCCUCUUGCACCCCUGGGAGGUCCCUUAUAGAUAAGAAAUAACCCUGUUAAAAAAAUGCAUUAUUUAUUUCCUUUCGAUCACAGCAUCCCCAGCUGUCCCUCGGGACUAUAUUGCCUCGUCGUCUCGAUAGUUGUCCAGUUUCCAAACCGGUCUGUGUGCUUGCAUUGACGUCAAAGGAGCAGGCUGGAUGUAUAAAACCCUCCGUCCUCUCCAGUCGCCGCUCACAGGGACUUUCCAGACUCGGCUCCGACCUGAGAUCCCACUGGCCGACCACAAAGUUCAGCUGCAGCAUCUGGAGAGAAGAAAGACAUGAAGCCAGUCUCCCUGCUCCUGCUCCUCUCCUCGGUCCUCCUCUCAUCGCACCUCCGCCCCGCCGCCGGCAGACCGCGCAUCCUCCCCGGCUGGCUGGAUGACAGCGGUCGCCUCCAGACUCAGCAACUUGACGAUGUGCUCCUCAGAGCGGCCGCCGCCGGGGACAGCACCGCCUCAGACCUACUGGGCGACAACAUCCUGAGGUAUCUCCAAAAAAGAAACCUGGACCCUCUGCACCCGCUCACGCCAGAAGAGGAGACUGAAGCUGAGGCGAUGAGGACGGCGGCGCAGCUGUUGAAACGGAGCGAAGAGUCGCCGCUGUCCAUCGACCUCACCUUCCACCUGCUGAGGAAUAUGAUCCAGAUGGCCAAGAUGGAGAGCCAGAGGGAGCAGGCUCAGCUCAACCGCAAAGUUCUCGACGAGGUCGGGAAGUAAAGCUCUAUUUUUCUAAUUUAAAAAUGCCUCAUUAAAACAGCCGUCAGCGCUGUCUAAGUAUUCAAGACCUCUGACAUUAGUUGUUGUUUGUGCGCCUGCCUUUCUCUCCACAUCAUUUUACGCACAGAUGGUGCCAAUUUACGCAUCAAAGCAUUCGCGAGUAAAAUGUAAAUUAAAGUGUUAUUUAAAGACUUUGUUGGAAAAUAUGGAAAGAGAUUUCUCAGACACCUCCCUCCCCUCAAUCCCCCUUCUGGCUUCACCCCCACCCUCACCCUCCUCACACAAACUCCUCUCCAAACUGGACUUUUGGAAGAGAGCCUGUCCUGGAUUU